AUGACAACGCCAUCAUCUAAAACAUGGUUCAUCACGGGCUGCACGAGCGGUUUCGGCGAGGCCCUCGUGCGGAAGCUGCUGGCGGAGGGGGAUAAUGUCAUUGCCACGGGCCGUGGCGGGGCGGAGGCUAGGCUUGCGCAUCUGCGAGAUACGACGACGACGACGACAGGAACGGAAACGGGAAAGGGAGCGGGAGAGGCAGCGGCGUCUGAGGCGGAGAUUCGGGCUAAAGCGGCUAAGGCGUGGGGGUAUUUUGAGGGAGGGGUCGAUGUUGUUGUGAAUAAUGCUGGGUAUAUCGUCUCUGGGCUUGUGGAGGAGUUGACAGUCGCUGGCAAUAUGGACGAACGAGGGUAG